AUGGCUGAACCUUCUGAGGUGCACCUCGACACAGAAGAUCUUGAGGCGGCAGGCCCCAGUACCGGGAAGCCCCACGCAGUACCUGAGGAGGCCAUUCAGCAUCCAGAGACUAUCGUUCCAGAUUCUGAGCAGGCCAAUCCGGAUGCUGAGAUGGCUGAGCCCGAGCCUGAGGAGAGUGAUUCUGAACCAGAGUCAGCCAAGUCUGAGGCCCCGAAGCAGAAGAAGCGAAAGCGAUGCCGCCGGGAGACGUUCGCCACCUACAUCACAAAGGUGCUGAGGCAGGUUCACGUUGACCUCGCCAUUUCUCAGAAGGCCUUGAGUGUCAUGGAUUCUUUCGUAAAGGACAUCUUCGAGCGCAUCAUGGAUGAGGCCGCUCGCCUGACCCGUUACAGCAGGAGCUCAGCCCUCACCUCCAGAGACAUCCAGACCGCCGUCCGCCUGCUGCUGCCGGGGCAGUUGGGCAAGCACGCCGUGUCCCAGGGCACCAAGGCCGUCCUGAAGUACAGGAGCCGCAAAUGA